AAGAGGGGACCUCUUUCCUCCAGUCUCUGAAUAAAUCUUGGACUCCGCAACUCUGUAGCCCCCGAACAAACACUACCGUAGCCAAAUGUAUCUCCUUCCCUUUCCCUUCCUUUCUUCUGGAUGGAACGGAGAAGGAAACCCCCUGGUUACUUCUAAUUUCGUUCCCAACGCUAGCCAGUUUCAGGUGGGGGGGGGGGGGGCAGUUCAGCCUCCAGUCUCAUCUUCUCCUUCUAGCUGGUGACAAAGCCCGUUACAAUGUCUCCAGACGCAAAAGGUUAGGUCUGGGGGCUCGAGCCAAGUAAAGGAUUGCUGUACCACUGGAUGUGCGCUUCAGAGGAUCCUUCCCCAGCCUGCAGCCCGGCUUCUUGGGCUUCUUCCCUGCUUCAGUCCCUGCUUCCUGAGCCUCCCUGCCUUUCUCCCUGCUCCCUAAAGAAGAGCAGUGCCCUGUCUGGAGCUGGGUUGGGCUGGGCUAUUUUUGUCCUUUCUGGGAUUCUUCUGAAAACAGUUUCUUGUUUUCGGCCUGAUUCAGAUGUGAAACUUUCCUCUCAUCCCCAGGCCUCUCACCCAGUUCCUGUGGGCUGGGUCUCACUCACCACCUCCCUCCCCACCCUCUUGCAGCCUGGCCCUUUUCUAUUCCCAACCCCAGAAUUCUCCUCUGUCUCUGCAAAACCCUGCUGACAAGGGGACUCAGAGAGGAAGACUAGGGGCUGAUGGGGAGCCACUUCCCUUAGGGGCCGGAUGGCCCCAAGGGCAGUGUUUUGAUCUCCAGUGAAGGGAUUUGACUCCCAUGGCCACCCCUAUACCUGUGCAGAGGAGUCAUCUUCAGGGCCCCAUCCUCAGAUCUCCUCUGGAUUGGACCAGAAAAGGCUCCUUGCAUUCCCCCUUCCCUUUCUCCUCCAAGUCUGGGCCAGUGGUGAACUCUGAGGUUCAAUGGCUCCGAUACAUGGUAAAGCAGCUAGAGAAUGGGGAAGUGAACAUCGAGGAGCUGAAGAAGAACCUGGAGUACACGGCUUCACUGCUGGAAGCAGUCUACAUUGAUGAGACACGACAAAUACUGGACACUGAAGAUGAGUUACAGGAGCUCCGCUCAGAUGCAGUACCCUCAGAGGUUAGAGACUGGUUGGCGUCCACCUUCACCCAACAAGCUCGAGCCAAGGGCAGACGAGCUGAGGAGAAGCCAAAAUUCCGAAGCAUUGUCCAUGCUGUGCAGGCUGGGAUAUUUGUGGAGCGGAUGUUCCGGAGAACCUACACUUCCGUGGGACCCACCUACUCUAAUGCAGUCAUCAGCUGUCUCAAGACCCUGGACCAUUGGUGCUUCGAUGUCUUUUCCCUGAACCGUGUGGCAGAUGACCAUGCCCUGAGGACCAUUGUCUUUGAGUUGCUGACUCGACACAACCUCAUCAGCCGCUUCAAGAUUCCCACUGUGUUCUUAAUGACGUUCCUGGAUGCCCUAGAGGUGGGCUAUGGGAAGUACAAAAAUCCCUACCACAACCAGAUCCAUGCUGCUGAUGUCACUCAGACGGUCCACUGCUUCCUCCUUCGCACUGGGAUGGUGCACUGCCUGUCGGAGAUUGAGGUCCUGGCCAUCAUCUUCGCUGCUGCCAUCCAUGACUAUGAGCACACGGGCACCACCAAUAGUUUCCACAUCCAGACCAAGUCAGAAUGCGCCAUCUUGUACAAUGACCGCUCAGUGCUGGAGAACCACCACAUUAGUUCUGUCUUCCGAAUGAUGCAGGAUGAUGAGAUGAACAUCUUUAUCAAUCUCACCAAGGAUGAGUUUGUAGAACUCCGAUCCCUGGUCAUUGAGAUGGUGCUGGCUACAGACAUGUCCUGUCACUUUCAGCAGGUCAAAUCCAUGAAGACUUCCCUGCAGCAACUGGAGAGGAUUGACAAGUCCAAAGCCCUGUCACUCCUGCUGCAUGCCGCUGACAUCAGCCACCCCACCAAGCAGUGGUCGGUCCACAGCCGGUGGACCAAGGCCCUCAUGGAAGAAUUCUUCCGGCAGGGGGACAAGGAGGCAGAGCUGGGCCUGCCCUUCUCCCCACUCUGCGACCGUACUUCCACCCUGGUGGCUCAGUCCCAGAUCGGAUUCAUUGACUUCAUUGUGGAGCCCACUUUUUCUGUUUUGACUGAUGUGGCUGAGAAGAGUGUCCAGCCUUUGGUAGAUGAUGGCUCCAAGGCAAAGACAAAGGCCAGAGAACCAGGUGACCUCAACCCUGACCUGGUCAGUUUCCGGACCACCUGGACCAAGUACAUUCAGGAGAACAAACAGAAAUGGAAAGAAAGAGCUGCAAGUGGCAUCACCAAUCAGACUUCCAUUGAUGAGCUGUCCCCAUGUGAAGAGGAAGCUCCUUCAUCCCCCGCUGAAGAACUCAAUCAGAACGGGAACCUGGAUUAGCUGCCUGGGCCCAGGCUCAGGUUUCACUUUAGCCCAAAGUCGUUGACGCCAUCAGCACCACUCACUGGGACUGGCUCCCUCGAAUGACAGAUUGAUCUGAGGCAGGGGAACCCAAGGGUGAAGAGAGAAGAUGGAUGACCCUAAAGGCCAAAUGUCAGAGAUUGUGGGGUUGGGGGAAGGGGACAUUUGGGCCUGGGCUUUGGCCUGCCACUCCCCACUAGGAAGCCCCUUGCCAUCCCCUAGAAUGGGGUAUAUUUUCCUCUCUCAGGCAGUAAAACCCAGGGAGCUCUGUCCAACCCCGCUUCCUCUGGACUAAACUUCUCCCCCUCCCCGCCAAUAACCAGGUGUCUUGUGGGGGAGAAGCUUCCUGGAUUGUCUCCCACCCCAAGGUUUGGGGUGGGAAAAUCAAUGAUGCCAGCCCCCUUCAGUGCAAUACUCUUCUUGCCUCCAAGUUUCUGAGCAAUACAUUUUGGGAGUCCCCUGGGGACCCCCAUCCCAGAUCUUAGCUGGCAGGUCUGGGUCCCAGUCUCCUCCCCCGGGAGGGGCCAGAAUAAGACAUGUGGAUCUCUUAAAGCUGGGGAGGAAGACAACUUUCCCCGUCCCCCUCAUUCCCCAAAGAAGACAGCUUUCUACCUUUGCUCCAAAUUGUUGUGUCCCAGGCCCUUCUCCUUCCCAGCGCAGCUCCUUUACUCCUAGGCUCAUCCCCCGAGGUGGCUCUCCUCUUUCUGCCCCUUUUCAAUGUGGUCCUGGAGCCAGGGGAGAGAUAGCUGCCUGGGUGUAUGGGUAUCCCCCACCCCAGGGGCUUCAGCAACCGUAGAAAGGCUGGGAAUCCACUCCUAUUUGUAUUACUCUCCUCUACUGAGUCCAAUGUACCCCUCUCCCCCACAUCAGACACCCUGGUUAGGGUGGGGGGUGGCUUCCAUCCGACCAAUGUCUGUAAAGUGCUUUGAGGUUUCCUGACAUGAGCACCCAGUACAUAUCCCCUUAAAGAGCACAUGCUCUCAUCCUCCUCUUACCCAUUGGGCAGGGGAGGAAACCAGGGAGCUCUUAAGAGGCUCAGCCAUCCUGAACCAGGGUGCCCUAGAGCUUGGUUGGGGUGGCAUUUGGGUAACAGGAAGAGGGAUGUGCAAUCCAGAAAUCCACUAUUGACAACAGACCAAUAAUACAACCAGUCCCUGGGCCCACUCAUCUCUCCCAAAUGGUUACCCUUCUUGGGACAGUAACCCAGGGUAACCAUAAGCAGAGGGUUGGGUGGGGUUUGGGGAGAGCACCCCCCUACUUCUCCCCUCCCCUCAUCCCCAAGGGAAAAACCAAAUUUGAGGUGACCCUGCCCUCCGUGUAAAUACUGCUCAGCACAUCUGUACAAUGGGCUGUGUUCCAUGUGUCUUGUAUCCACCAUGGUUUCUUGAACAUGCUGGCCUCCCCUCCUGCCCCAGCACCCUCUCCUACCUGGGGACUGGGGACAGAGGCGCAUGUGUCUCUCCCCACCCCCUCCUUGCAGACCACUGCUACAUCCAGAGACCAAUAAAGGAGGGAGACAGGG